AUGCGCAAACAGCCCCCCGGCCGAGGAGAACAAGACCCCCUGUAUCAAUGCUCCCAGUGCAGUCGUCGCUAUCACCGCACUGAGCAUCUCGUCCGCCAUGUUCGCUCCCACACCAAACAGCGCCCCUACUCGUGCGCCUUCUGCAGUAAGGCCUUUGCCCGGCGGGACGUUCUCAAGAGGCACGAGGUGAUGCACAGCCAUGACGAGCCGCGCCUCAAUCCCUCGUCGGCCGUUGCUGUCAGGGUGAGCCAGGCCUGCAGACCGUGCGCGGCAACCAAGUCCAAAUGCUCCGACCAGAAGCCUUGCCAUCGGUGCGUCGCCAAGGACCUGGACUGCACGUAUCCUGAUGACCCCGAAGACUCCAUACAUCAGACUCAGGAUCAAGCCCAGCAUCAGAUGCCGAAUCACAAUCAGAACGACCAACCCGAGAUGUUCCCCGACGGCGAGUUUCAGGAGCAGCCGGAUGCCGUUGCUACGGAUCCAAGUCCGAACCCCCAGCGAGACAUGGACGAUCCAUCCGCGACUCUUCACGCCUUCCUUGGCCCGAUGGACCUCCCGGAUCUGUUCGAUCUUUCGGCGCAGGAUCCCCUGGUUGCUGAGGGCUUCUCCUUCGGACCGGACUGGGACCUCGGCCCAAUCGACUUUUCGUCUCUGCAAGCGCAAUUUGACGCGCCCGACGCCAUAAACAUGAUGCCCGACAUGUCAACUGUAGACACGACGGCCGAGCACCCCGAGGCCCUGUCCGUGACCGGCUCCUGGGAGCCGCAGCACAGCGAGAAUGGAGAAAUGGAACGUCCCAACCUGGCCGCCGGCGAAGAAGGCUUCAGAGUCCCCAGGCUAAGCCAGAGCCCCAACGCCUCGGCCCUGACCAUGUCGCUGUCGACCCCUGCGCGGGACAACAUCCUCAGCAUGAUCCUGAACACCACGUCGCAGGCCAACGCGGCCCAGAUCGUAACGGCGUUCCCCUGCACCGAAACGCUCAACAUGCUCAUCCGCAACUGCGCCCAAGACCAGCGAGCGGCAUACAUCAACGGCAUCCUCCAUCUGCCGACUCUGGAGCUCAACCAGCAGCGGCCGGAAUUACUUGGUGCUAUGGUUGCCGUGGGUGCCAGCAACGCGGGAACGACCGUGGCCCGCAAGUUCGGCUACGCUAUGCAGGAGGUCAUCAGGGCAUCAUCUUUCCGAUCGUGGGAAGAGGAUAAUACAGCUUUCCGCGACAUCGGCCUCGCCCAAGGCUUCUACCUCCAACAGUACAUGGCCUUCUUCAGCGGCGUAAGGCGCAAGAUCGCCCUCGCAGAAGCCUGCUCCAAGUGCAUCCAGGUCAUCAUAAAGAACGGCCUUCACCUCCGGGGAGCGUUGGAGAACGAUAAUGACAAACUGCUUGACCUCGCCGGCCUAGAUCAUCAAUCUCUCGAUAGGGCGUGGCGGCAGUGGUCCGUCCGUGAAUCGCAGAGGAGACUCUGCUAUGCCGCUUACAUCAUGGAUGCACACGUCUCAUUCUCGCACGGCACCCAGGUCAUAUCAUCGUACAUGGACAUGAAGAUACCGCUGCCGGCGCCCCGCCGACUAUGGACGGCCGAGACAUGCACCAGGUGGAGGGACGAGAUGCUGCUGUUGGAGAUGUUGCCCAGGCCCCAGCGGCCACUGUGCCUCAAGGACGUCAUAGGCGACCCGGCGCUGUUGGCCAUGCAUCGCGACUUAUUCGACGUCGACUUUGCCAACUUGGGCUUGCUCGCAGGCCUCUGGGCUCUCAUCAAGGAAUGCCAUCAGCUCAGCUCCCUGGGCCAUACCAGCACGUGGAGCUCCCUGCUGCUGUCAUCGCGACGCGCCGAGCUCCUGUCGGUGCUCAAGCUCUUCGGUUCCGAGGCCCUGAGCGCCAGUAGCUCUCCUGAGGCGGAACUGCUCUACGAGGCCGUGUCGAUGCACGCCCUAAUCACGCCGGACAGUUUCUUGCUACCCGAGCUCACGUCGCUGCUGCGGCACGGCAAGGCGGUUAUUCCCUCGUCGGUGCACCAUCCCAGGCUGGCGGGGAGCGUGGAAUACCGUGCUGCCCUGUGGCGAAUAGGCCGGAUGAUACGCGCGGCGUCCCGCUGUCCCACGGGGACCCUCUGCGACGUCUACGCCAUUGCGCUCUUCCACGCGGCCAUCAUUCUCUGGUGGCACGGGAUCGCGUUGUCGCAACAAGGUCUGGGCUUGGACCGGAGGAGUCACGUUUGCAUCUUGGACAGCGACGACUCUCACGAGCACCAGAUGUUGAGCCGCGACGUCCGUCUGGCACUGCUCGGCCCUGGUCCUGGAAUGGAGCCAAUACUUCUGGAGAACCCCUCUGACGUGAUGGAGCGUCUCAGAGAGAUCCUCGGGCAUAAUUGGAGAGACAGCCAAAUGCCCACUGGCGUGCAAGAAAUCUCGUACGUCUUGACGAACCUCGGCAAUGCUGCGCACAACUAUGAACUAGAGUUGGACUGA